AUGUCGAUGUCGUUGGUGGGGCUCGACGAUAUUCUUCACGAAAUCUGGGCAGAGGCCGAGGGGGAUUUCGGGGCAGAGGAGGCGGGAGAGGAGGCGGAAGAGGAGGCGGAAGAGGAGGCGCAAGAGGAGGCGCAAGAGGCGGUGCAAGAGCAAGCAGCAGAGGCGGUUUCGCUGCUGCAAGGACCACAGACGAUGUCCCAGAUUCGUGACAAUGUGGAUAUGCGCGAACCGUCCGACUCUGAGAGCGAGUCUGAAGCCUCCGAUGCUGUGUCCGACGACGACGAAGAAGAAGAAGAAGAAGAAGAAUCCCAGCCAGCUGCCAACGCCUAUGCAGCCCUUCUCCAGUCCUUCUCGACGCGCGAUGCCGGCUCCGGCGAGCCCCGUAAAAAGAGGCGGAAGCUCGAACACGAACAUGCCCCAGAAAAAGAUGCACCUGCAGAGGAGGACGCCUCGUCAGAAGCCAGUAAGGAUAUUGGAGAUGACGCAGAGCAAGGCGAUUCGGACGCAGACGACACAGAACAAGAGCUGGAAAAGGCAUACGAAAAGCACUUUGCAAACCCAGAUGAAAACGAGCUGGCGUCACGGCUGAAGCGCAUAGCGGCGAACCAGUGGUCGUCGCACAAGCUGCACAAUGCGUCAGCCAAGGCAAAGGGCUUCGGCGUUCUUCAAGUCCCAAGCGAUGAGGUCCAGCCACUGACUCGCAAAGUCAAGAGCACCCGCGAUGUCCAACUAAAGGCCCGGCUGGUGGAGAAUGCGCACAAGAAAAUCGGAGACUUUGACCAAGUCGAACAAACCAUCGCCCCCUCGCUCUUCGGCUACCAAGACCUGUUGUUCGGCGCGCGAACAGUACAAAACGCCGGCCGUCUUCGCGACAUGACCUGUCUGCAUGCGCUCAACCACAUCCUCAUGACGCGAGAUCGAGUGCUGAAGAACAACGCGAAGCUUGCAGCCGCAGGGGACGACGUCGAUGGCGAAUACCGCGACCAGGGCUUCACGCGCCCAAAGAUUCUAUUCCUUCUGGAGACGAAACAGGCUUGCGUGCGCGCACUGGACUCCAUUACCAAACUAUACGACUUUGAGCAGCAGGAAAACAAGAAGCGAUUCCUUGAAAGCUUCUCACUGCCAGAAGACAAGUUCUCCGACGACAAACCCGCAGACUUCCGAGAACUCUUCGAGGGCAAUGACGAGAACGAGUUCCGCAUUGGCGUCAAGCUGACACGCAAGACACUAAAACUGUAUUCGACUUUUUACAACUCCGACAUCAUAUUUGCCUCCACGCUGGGUUUACGCCGAGCAAUUGAGUCUGGGGACCCGAAGAAGCGAGAUUACGAUUUCCUAUCGUCGAUUGAAAUGGUCGUCAUGGAGCAGGCAGACGCUACGCUGAUGCAAAACUGGGACCACACAGAGUAUGUGUUUGAGCAUCUGAACCUCCAACCAAAGGAUGCCCAUGGCUGUGACUUCUCGCGAGUGCGGUCAUGGUAUCUGGACGGACACGCAGCAAACAUUCGACAAACUAUUGUGCUAUCCGCAUUCCUGACGCCAAAGAUCAACACUCUCUAUAACAAGCACAUGCGUAAUGUGGCUGGGCGUCUGAAAUAUACGGCCGACCACACAAGCGGUCUUAUCGAAACCAUGUCUUACGGCGUGAAGCAGACUUUCCUGCGCUUCGACUCGCCAUCCCAUCUUACCGACCCAGACGCGCGCUUCAAAUACUUCAACACGUCCAUCCUGCCGUCCAUCAACCGCCUGCCAAAACCACUCGAGGGCGGUCUGGGUGUACUCGUCUUUAUCCCGUCCUACCUGGACUUUGUCCGCGUCCGCAACUCGCUUGUCGACUCUGAUUUCUCCUAUGCCUCGAUUAGCGAAUACACCGACGCCACUGACGUGCGCAAAGCACGCUCCCACUUCAUGAACGGCAAGCACUCGCUGCUACUGUACACGGGACGUGCACACCAUUUCCACAGGUACAAGAUGCGUGGGGUAAAGAGGGUGGUGUUCUACGGCGUGCCUGAGAACCCAAUCUUCUACGACGAGGUAGUGGGCUUCAUUGGCAAGACGCUGGAACGGGCGGAAAUUAGUCGGGCAGAGGCGAACGUGAGGGUGUGCUUUUCAAAGUGGGAGAAGAUGGAGUUGGAGAGAGUUGUUGGCACGAAAAGAGUAGGCAAGAUGAUUUCGGAUAAGGGGGACGUGUUUGAUUUUGUAUAG